GGCAAAAAACACGUAUAAAAUACUAUAUAACGCGUGUGUUAGACGAAAACAGAAAAUCACGAUAUCGAAUCCCCGUCGUUAUAGGUCAUUAUCAGCUGCACUAAUAUAGCCACAUAGGUAUUAGGUGGGUACCUAAAUGUACAUACUUUAUCGGUUAACUGCUUAUCGUAUGAAUAUGCCAACAAAAGUCGAGGAAGAUAACGUAACGAUACCGGCACACCGUGGCUACAUGGGCGAAAAUUUUACAUAAUUUUAAAGUCUGAUUAAAAAAUACUUUAUUGCAUAUCAGUCGCUCUGUUCGCUUGCAAAAAUCAUCUUACCUUAAACACCAUGAAAAACCUAAAUAUAAAUUGAUUUACUUAAUAAUCAUGACAAAAUACAAUGUGAAUGUUGUUUCAUCUGACAUGAAAGGUCGAUUGGAGUUUAUGAUGAACAUAUACAAUCGUUUAAUGAUGUCUGAUCAAGAAGUUACACCAAGUAAAACUACUGCUGAUUAUCAUUCGUUAAAUGGUUAUAUAAAACUAAUGCAAUGUGCUACAAAUAGUAAAAAAAAUAAGAAAUCUAAUAAAAGUCGUUCAUAUCGUCCAACAGCAACAAAUAAAACUAUCAACAUAGCAUCAGCUAUUCAAAAAAAUUAUAAAAACUAUAGCAGUACAUCAUCAAUAUCAUCUCGGCCAACUUUAAGUCGUUCACCAUCAUCUGUAUUAUAUGAUUUUGAAAACAAUUCGGCAUCUACUUGUUUUGAAGAAACUAAAAGAUUAUUAUGGUCAGGUUGUAAGACUGUAGAUGAUGCUCUUGAUGUGAACAGAGACUUACCCAUGUGGGUACAGACUGUAGAUUCUAAUAAUAUUGUUAAACAGUUGUUGACAUCUGUAGAUGCCAGCCGUGUUGAUAAAGGUAACGUGCACACCCUGGUUGCUGUAUUUAUUAAUUUCAGCAUUACCAUGAUAGACAUGUUUGGAAUGAAUGUCAAUGUAGACCAACAUUGGUGGAAACACUCGUACAAAAUUAUGGAACAGUUGAUUAAUGAUAUCAAUGUACACUGCCGUGCUAAAGAUCCGAAUGCAUCACUUAAAGUCAAAGGAAAAAAUGGUGAUAGAAUGUUCAAUAAGGCAUUAUCAACAAUCACUCAAUUAAAAAAAAUUGUGCCAAAUGAUAAACCUGAGGUCCAUGUAAUGCAAAAUCCAAUAACACCUCUUGUUCCACCUGUACAACAGCCCACAUACCAACCUCCAUCUCCAGACUUUAACAAUCAGGCAUACGUAAAUUAUAAUUAUCCCAAUCAGAAUUAUAUUAACAAUUAUAAUUAUCAAGGACCAUAUCAAACACCGCAAAUAAAUCGGCCACCAUACUGUCCAAUGCAGUACCGUCCUCCAUAUCAGCCCCCUUACCAACAAUAUCCAAACCAAGUGCGAAUGAAUCAACCACAGUAUUAUCAAUACCUUCAACAACCCCCAAAUCCAUGGCAAAAUAAUUACCAAAAACCACCAUAUCCAGUACAUAAUGCACCAUUUCCAUCUUCUCAGUUUGUUGCUAAUCCACAGCCCAAACCUGAAGCUAAACUAGUUGAAGUAAAGGAAGAUGACGAGAAGAAAUGGCUAGAAGCACAAAAAGAUGCAAAGAAGUUAGUGAACAAUGCUAUUAAUCAUAAUAUUUUGGCUACUAGAUCUACUGAUAGUAUACAGUCAUCACAGGAGAGUGAAGAAGGGUUAAUCAGCAAUGUACAUCCAGUAUUUGAAAAAAUGUCUGACAGAGAUAGUGGAGCUCCAAUUCCAGACGAUACCACAGACAGAAUGUGGAAUUUUUUGGCUAGAGAAGUAGAUAAAAAAGUUCGAUAUAAAUUUCAAAAAAUGAUUAGAGAAAUGCAAGAUAUACCAAAAGAAGAGUUUAGUAAGGAGCCAGAAUUAUAUGAGACUACUUAUCAAAAUGUGGUUAGGAUACAGCUAUUUGAGCCAAUCAGAUGUAAAAUGAUUAAUAAGAAGUAUGAAAAUGUACAAGCAGUCGUUAGGGACUUUCGAUUGGUAUUCAGUACAUUCCGCCACAUAUCUCAGUCUAAUGAUAUUAAAUGUAAGCUUAUGAUGGACUUUAUGGAACGUCAUUUUAAUGAAUGCCUUAGAAAAUAUUUCCGUGGAUGGAAUUUAGACAAAUACCGUAGUACCGUCCAGGAGUGACUGAAAAUCUAUGACAAUAAAAUUAACAAUUAAGUCAUUUAACAUAAGUAAAAAAAAUUGUUCUAAAUCUUUGUAAAAAACAUUGUUUCUGUGAUAAUAUUUUUUUAAAUCAAUUUUAUUCUUGUAUUAUUUAGUCAUGAAAUUAUUAUUAUUUGUAUACUCAUAGAUACUAUUUUUAUUAAUUUAUAUGUACAUUCAUCUGUCAAAACAGACAAUGAAUUUUGUUUUAUAAUUUCUGUAAAAUUAUUUUCACUCAUUUUGAGUUCAAACAUGCACUUACAAUAUAUUAUAUAUAUUAGCAAAUAAAUAUUUAAAUAUAAAGUCCAUUAAAUGCUAAUAAAA